UCCUCCCCUUCCUCCUUCACCUGGUUUGAAUUUGAAUUCAGUGGCGCAACAAUGUUUGGCGCUUCUGUCACGUGUCUCUAUGUUCUGUUGGAACUUAUUCCUAAAGGUGCAUCAGUCACGAUCCAAACAGAGCAGGCCGUGAUGGCAGCAGCAGGAGGCCCCGCCUCUCUAACCUGUCAGCUGACUGAACAUGACGACGUCCUCCAGAUCACCUGGCAGAAGAUCCUCCCUGAUGGAGAGAAGGACCUGGCCACGUACACCAGACGCUUUGGUGCCCGAGUGAGACCUGAGCUGAAGGACAACAUGGAUUUUCAGUACGAAGAGUUGCAGAACUGCUCUGUGGUGAUCAGGGAGGCGACGGGUGAGGAUGAAGGCUGCUAUCGCUGUGUGUUCAACACCUACGGUAAAGGAGCGCUGAUCGGCACCACCUGCCUCAAACUCUAUGAGCUGCAUGGACCAGUCCUUCACAUCAGAGAACCUUGGUCUCCUGAAGAGUCAGAGGUGUCGUGUUCAGCCACAGGUCGGCCUGCUCCCACUGUAACGCUGAUUGUUACACAACAACACCUCAGCUUCUCACAACACAACACCACCAGAGUCCACAACAACAACAACACCGUCACCGUCACCACCACGGCUGUGCUGUCAGGUCUCCAUGGCAACAGCACACAGGUUGGAUGUGUAGCGGGCGUGGCCUCUGGUGCUCAGAUUCAAGUGUUCCAGAGGAUUUAUGAGGAGAAACGGACGUCUGAUGAUGGUUUUCUGAAUCCUGAGUCACUUCGUUCCUUCCUCACCUGGACCGCUGUGUUGUGGAUGAUUGCUCUCUUCUGUAUGCUUGCAGUGAUCGGCUACUUGCAGCACAAACUAAAACACAGUUCCAGGAACCCUGAGAGAACCAAAACACCACGACAGACAACCAGAGACUCACAGCAAGUCACAACACCGCUGAUCCAUCAUGUGAAUGAAAUCAAACAGAGGACACCAGCCAAGACGAGGCCAGAAAGCAGCGUCUCCAAACAACUCUUUUAAGAUGUUGGUUCUUCCUGAAGAAACACCAGAACAUCAUCAGAUGUCUGAGCUGCAGCUGUUGUGUGGACUGGAUUAUGGACUUCCUCCCUGAACCGUCUACAGGUGGUUCAGACUGCCUGAGCUGAUGGAUACAUCUCCAUCAGCUCAGGUUCACCUGGGUAACGCUGCAGAGCGAUCCCUCUCACCGUACGCGAGUCUUCAACAGUCUCGGUCUUCAAGUCUAGACUGAACUCACUUUUAUGUUUUGGCAUUUGGAUGGCAGUGAGUUUUACAGUCUUAUGCUGUUAUUUUACUGUUAUAGCUGUGCUAGAUUUUAUUGCUCUUUCUAUUCUUAUAGUUGAUUUAAUCUAAUUUAUUAAAUAAUUUUUUGAUUGUG